AUGGAAGACGCCGAGACCGGGAGAUCGCCAGGGGCGGCGCCGGCCAUGAUGACCUCGUCUUCCCCGGCGCCGGUGCCGGCCGCGUCACGGCGGUACUACGAUUGCGUGUUCUGCAAGCGCGGGUUCACCACGGCCCAGGCGCUGGGCGGCCACAUGAACGUGCACCGCCGCGACCGCCCCAAGCCGGCCGCCGCCCCCGACAUCGACGCGCCCACGGCCACGGGGUGCUACAUGGCAUACCCCUGGCCCUCGGCGCCCCCGCCGCAGCCACCGAUGAGAUGUGGCGGCAGCAGCUUCGUGCUCUCCGGGUUGCGCUGCGCAGGGAACAACGCGGAGGUGGCCGUGUGGCCUGCCGCAGCAGCUGCAGCAGGUAGCAGCCCUAGCCCGAGGCCGAGGGAGCUGAGCCUGUUCGGCGCCGACAACGACGACGACGACGGCCAUGAUGAUCACGACUUGCGACUGGGCCUUGGGUGCCAUGGGAGCGGGUUACGCUCACCGGAGGAAGGGCCAGAGCCGGAGAGGAAUAUGCUGGACUUGGAGCUCAGGCUCGGGCCUCGUCCAAGACAUUGA